UGCUGCUCCUGGUGAUGCUGCUCUGCCGUCGGCUGAGUCCGUGGUGCUGGCUCUGCUUGUGGGUGAGAGAAGAAAGAACCAGGCUCCUGAUCACUGCUGGGAGCUGCACCUCUCACCCAGGGAUCUCAAACCACUUCAAAAAUCAGGAAACGAUUCUGCUUUGCAACAGUGGAGAAAAAAAAAAAAAAAGAGAAGGCAGCAAAGGCCAAGACUAUUUUCCAGAAGAGGAUUUGGUGACUUUUUCGGGCGGUCAGUGCCUGCCCUUCCCUUUGCCGUCAGCUGAGCCCCAAGCUCUCAGCCCUGGGAGGGCCAAGCUCCUCAGCCACGUGAGCAGAUUCCAGUAUGACUAUUAAAAGCUCAAAAACCCAGAGUCAGCGCCUCCCCCCCGAGUCUACGGCUUAAAAAAAAAAAAAGUCAAAUUUCUCUGCUUGCUGUCUGGAUUUCUGAACUUCUGUUCUUCAUAUUUUCAACCACAAGAAUCUAGAAACCUCAUGUUUUAAUGGAAGGGGGAGGCUUGUAAUCUGAUAACAUAACCCUAGGGGCAGUGUGUAAAACAACAAGGCUUGUAAGAGCUGGUCAACUCCAAACACUACAGAGCACGUCCAGAGCAAAACCGGGAAUAAAAACGUGACCCCUGGAUGUACUCAUCAGGAAAUGGUUAUUUCUUUUUUUAACUUGCUGAAAACUUCUCGAACUGCCACAGCCCUGCCUGCCCCUUCUUCAUGGGAAGGAUGGAGGAUGUUGGGAAAGAAAUUCCUAACGAAGUCUCCCUCUGGAUGGUUGGGUCCAGGGUUGGGCAGAGACAUCCCGGCUACGAGGAGAGAUGUCAGCACACAAAGGGAACACCAAUCCGGACUGGAGGUCACGGGAGACCCGAGUGAACCCUGAAUGAACCCCUUGCAUUUGGGGAACUGGUUUGAGGUUUUGGCUCAGUCUAACGUGGAAACCUCUUCCUGGUGGGUUCGUAUCCACAGGCAAGAGCAAAACCAGCAGCUCAAGUGACUCAAGCAAGAUCCCCUUGCCAGGAGAAGAGACAGAGCUGACCUGUGGUCACAGCAAAGAGAAGCCACGAGAGCAUCAGGGAGCCAGAAGACUGAAAAGAAACAUUUAGCUCAGCCUGAUGCUGCGUUCGGAGACCAACGCUCAUCCCUGGCAUCGUGGGUGGUGAUGCUGGAGCUGGUCCCAUCUGCACCCUCCGGAGAGCCCUGGGCACGGGUGACACCAUCACGGGUGACACCAGGACGGGUGAUCCAUCCCCUGGGACUGACCCCCCCUACACUCACCACAAUCAACAGCAGCUCCUCGCCAAGUACCGAGCUCCCGGAGAACUGGACGGAUACCCGUGAGACGCUGCUGGAAGGGAUGCUCUUCAGCCUCAAGUACAUGGGCAUGACGCUGGUGGAGCAGCCCAAGGGAGAGGAGCUUUCUGCGGCCGCCGUCAAAAGGAUCGUGGCCACCGCAAAAGCAAGUGGCAAGAAGCUGCAGAAAGUGACUCUGAAAGUCUCGCCCAGAGGGAUCGUGUUAAACGACAGCGGAACCAACGAGCUGAUUGAGAAUGUCUCCAUAUACAGGAUAUCCUACUGCACGGCAGACAAGAUCCACGAUAAAGUGUUUGCCUACAUUGCCCAGAACCAGCUCAAUGAGAACCUGGAGUGCCAUGCCUUCCUCUGUACCAAACGGAAAAUGGCACAAGCAGUCACCCUCACCGUAGCCCAGGCCUUCAAAAUCGCAUUUGAGCUCUGGCAAGCAGCUAAGGAAGAGAAGGAGAAGCGGGAAAGGUCCAUCUUGGAAGGAGAAGGGACGAGCAGCCCCAGCUCGGAAGCCCCUGCCCACCCUGACACACCAGCAGCCACAGGGAACUUGCUGGAUUUAGAAGAUCCUGCCAAAUCGCCCCUGACCAGCAGCACAAACUCCCCACACUUAGACAACAGCAUCUUUGGGCCCAGCUCCUCCGUAAAUAACAACGUGGUGUGGGAAAUGGAUGAUGGUCUCGACGAGGCGUUUUCAAGACUGGCUCAGUCGAGGACGAACCCCCACGUCCUCGACACGGGGCUGACGGCUCAGGACAUCCAGAGCGCGGAGACGCUCUCACCUGUGGACUGGAACAAAAUGGAUUCCACCGCGGGCGAGAAGGACGAUCUGUUCAUGUUCUGAGGUGAAACACGUCGAAUUGAGUAACCACUAGAAGUCCGUGGACUGAGUCACGCCGUGCCGGGUGCUGUUCGCAAGGGGACCCUUCUGAGGGCUCUUCACCAAGUCAGCUGACGUUACAGCACAGUUUAGACCAAAGCUUUAGAAAUCUAAUGCAGAUUUUUAUACCUUGCUUUUAUCUAAACCACGAGAUGCUCUUGAGCAUAUUUAUUCAUAGCCGUUACAGUUUACAUAUAUAUAUUAUUGGAAGGUGUGUAGGGCAUCUACAGUAUUAGGUGGCAAUAGACCGUGGAAGAACCUUCAGCAGUGCCUGUUCCUCUCUGAAAACAAGACUAUGCAACACCAAAGUCUCUCUGUGUACACUUUUCUAGACAAAGAUCUGCAGAUGCAGAGGCGAUUGCCAGCACAACUGUUACUAAUCCACUGUUUCUUGAACAACGCAUCACCUGCCGAGGCAGGGGGAGGAGAUUGGCAGCAGCUGCCCCCAGCGUUAAAAUCCAAGAGGUGGCAGAGAUCUUGCUUUUGUUGGGAAUGUCCGUGAUCCUCUCACACUUGUCAAUCUCCCCUCCGUGUCCCGGCUCUUUCUUCACCAGCUCCCUGGGGGGAAUCGACGCUUUUGUUUAUUUAACCCAAAGACUCUCUGAAAGUUUUGCACUUUAAAACUCAAAACUGAAAGCGAUGGUCCGGAUUGUCAAGGUAAGCAGUGCCUGGAACUUCUCUUCGCAAGCUAUUUACCCAAAAAAACCCCAACAACAAACCAAACCCCAACCCAGCGAUGCUGCAGACCCGUUUCAAAACUGACCGCUCACGUGCUCCGUUCCUGAUGCGACUCGGGGACACCAAGGCUCCGUUGGCUUUAAGAGCAGAACCACCAGGGGGAAGUGGGGGUUGACAAUUAAUUAGUGUUGCUGAUGGGGGUUGGAAGUUGUGGGUUCCCCAGCAGCACGAUAGAUCUCUGUUCUCAGCUCCUCUAAGUGGAUUUGCCCGUGCGUGCCUUUUUACUGUCUCAGGACCGUUUGGUCGUCGCUCACUCGAUACGACUCGAAGGGAAUCGGAUUAGGCCAGACCGAUACCUGGAUGUUCAAUUAACAAGGGGGGCUCCUGUGUCCCCCCCGCCCCCCCAGCCACCUCUCCCGGGAGCUCGGGAAGUGUCUUUGGCAGCUCCUGGAAUUGGCAAUAAGUAAUGGAGGUAUAAAGCUUAUGCUAAUUAAAAGAUUAAGUUUAAUGAUCCUAAAUAGUCGCACUGACAGUUUGCAGUGUUUGUGGCCUUAUGUGAAGUAUACUAAUCUGUUUUAUAGAUUUGUAACUUGGUUUUGAAACACUAAUUCAUUCCCCAGAUAGCUCUUUAUAACUCUCUUAAAACUGCUCGCAGGAAAAAAAAAUAAAAACCUCUUUGUCAGCUGUACGAAUUUAUUAGGAAACAGCUGAGUGACUCUAACUUAGAUUUGAUUUUUUAUUUUUAUUUUUUCCCUAAGUGUUCUUGUGAGAAGGUGUCGAGGACUUGUGAAGCUGAGUCAUCGUGUCUCUUAAUAAAAUGUGUGCUCUGUUUAUCUGGCAAAAUUGUGUUUAAAGCAAUUUUACAUCUUGAAACUACCCUGCCCGUGACUUCUUUGAUCUCGUGUGUAGCAUCAGUCUCUCGCGAUCGAAGGAAUUAUUCAAAGUUUGUUGGUGCUACAGAGGCACAUGGUAGGGACGUGAACCCAUGGCAUAAGGGACACCAAAACUGCACAGAAGUGGUUGUGGGAAGCACCUCGUCCCAGCCCCGGCGAGGGGUGAUCCUCCUUGGAAAGAGCUUGGGUCGCAGGAAUGGACCGUGAGGAUUUCUCUGUAGGUUGAUCUUUCUCCUUUUCUCGAGACUCUAGGAGCAUAUACCGAAAUGCACAGUACUAUAUGUCUAUGUAUAUAGUUUUUUAAGAAAACCUUCUGCUGUAAAGAAUACCUGUACUGAGGAAAAUAAAACGUCUACCAUUU